CACGUGAUCAACGUAAAAUAGUCAACACGUGAGAAACACCAAAGAAAAUGGUGCACAUCGCUGCAGGAAUACCUCUUCUUACCGUCACUGACGGAACCGAAAUACUCGGUGUUAUCGAAAAAUGUAAAGCUGACACAUUUUUACUGACAUCAAAUAGAUCAAUAACUAUUUUUAAGCCUCAAGAUCCGAAGCCUUUACAGAGUUGGGUAAACAAACCUAGCUCUCGUUUCACAUGUCCUGCAGUGUAUAUUCAAGAGACUGAUGAGUUUGUAGCUGUAGUCAAUGAUAAGCAAAUCUACAAAUGGUCAUCAGAGAAUGCCACUCCUUUCACACAGAAGCCAAAGACUCUGAAGAGUGCAGUGUCUAGAAUUCUCAUUCAAGAACGAGGAAACCCCCUACUUCUGAUGUCCAAUGGCUCUGUGAGGUUGUUAGAUGAUGCUGUUGGUGGCAGCAGAGCCGUAGAGAAGGGAUUCUUGGAGGAGGGUGAAGAGAUCAGGGAUGCAUGGAUAUGGAGAAAGGGAGCUGAUGAGAAUAUUACAUCAUACAUCAUAUGCCUGGUACAGAACUCUCUGACAAAGAAGAAAAGUAUUCUACUCCUGCCAGUUCAGCCAGGUGAAAAGCAGCAUGACAAGUCAGGUGAUGAUGUGAUGAGGUUACAGCUUGAUGAUCCAAUCAAUAAAGCCUGCCCUCUUGAGUCUGCUACAUUAUUCACUGAUGAGACCACUGCUGUACUUCAUACGUUAUGGGAUGGAGGAAGACUUUGCAGUACAUCAAUCACCGAAUCUGAUCUGAGACGAUACAAGGACUCUCCAACUCUGUCAUGCCAUCAUAGAUGUACAAUUAAUGGAAGUACAGGAAAGGUUAGAAUAGCCGCAAUUGAUGAUACACAUGUUGCUGUGGCUGGGAUGCAAAGCAAGACAACAAAGGAUAAGCUAGAAGCUUCACUGUGUAUAUGGGAGACUGGAUUUGGUACUCUACAGAUUCAUCAUGCCCUGGGUCUAGAGGACGGUGAUGGUGAUGGGACACCCUUAUUUCUUGGUGAAGUCAAUGGACAUUUACUCCUAGCAACCAGAAGAACAGUCAUGCUACACAGGUAUGAGUGUUCUGAUGGAACUCUGGCUGCUGCUCUGGGAAGGCUCGCUGGACCAGGACCAGGUCUACAUCAAGAUCUACCUAUUCUAGGACUAGAUUGGACCAGUUCACUUCUUGAAGAGAGCCCUAUCAAGAAGCCCAAAGGUAGGAAAUCGACUGCAGGUACCAAGACUCAGACCCAAUCAAAGGACUCAGAUGGGCAAACAUCUUUGUUGCUGAACAGUAUCUUAGAUGAGUCUAAUACCCAGACUUCAAAAGUGUUCUCAGGUUUAGUUGAAAAGUACAUGAAAGCUUGUAGAGGUGAUCAGCCAGACAGCACAGCACUCAUGCUCAUACUCAAGCAUGUUGUCAAGAGGGUUGAAACCAAUCCUAAGUUCUGGUGUCCAGAGACAUUACAUCAUGUCAUUACAACCAAAGCAGUGGCGGCAAGCUCAUGUCCAGAGUUUAUAGCUAUGCUAGCUAGGAAGCAAGAAGUAUCCCUACUAUUAGACUGCCUGCAAUGCAUGAGAGAUGUACCGGAGCUUAUACUUAUGCAGUGCUUACAGGUCUUUCUAAGUAUUGAUGAAGACAAACUACCAUCUAGCAGGCAAACUACAGAGACUGAGCAUUCAGAUGUACAUGAAGUGAUGAGUCCAGUUAGAAGGACUUAUGUAGAUGAAGUACUAUGUAAGCCAUUCACAGAUGCCUUUCUUCUUGAUGCUGUAAAACAUUUACCAUUCAAAGAAGUCACAUCACUACUAAGGUAUCUGCACUUCUUGUUGACAGCCUCCUCUCCAGGAGGGGAUGACUCAUCAUCACUGGUCUCCAUGGAUAAUGUUGUAGAUUGGAUUGGUGCUAUGUUAGAUGCUCACUUUGCUCAGCUAGUCCUCCUACCGGAAGCCAGACCUCUCCUCACUCAUCUUCAGAAUGCUGUUAAAGACCAGGUUCAAUUUUCAUCUGAGCUCAACGUGGUAAGGAAUCUUCUCCACCACACCCACGGUGCUAGGUCACACAUCAAAGCCACUCCAUCGAAUGCAGCAAAGUCAUAUAGCAUUGAGGUCCUCAAAAUGUAGUUGUAAGACUCUAUCUACACCCAAUCAUUGAAGUAUUGAAUGCUGAUAUUGGAUUAGUAGGAUAUGUUCAGAUCACAGCUGCUUUUUUUUUUUAUCUUCAGCAAGACAUUCAUCAAAACAAUGUUUCAAGAGUGUACCCAUCCAUGUGAUAGAGGCAAGCUUCCCAGAUUAAGAAUCGUUCAGUCUGACUAAAUACAAAAUGUUAUGAAUUUUAUAGUUUUGGGUGAAAAAAGGGUGUAUUUUCUGGCAUUUAAAAAGAAACAUGGCACCUUGAAUGGUUCAUUCUCUCCCCGAAUUUGUACUGUUAUUUCUUGAUAUUGCAAGUUUCUUUUGUUCUCAGCAUCGCUUUAAGUCCAUUUACAGUUUUGUUAACCCCCCCCCCCCCCCCUCCCCCUUAAUUAAAACAAAAACUGUACACGAUGUACAUGUGUUUGUCUUGGUCCAACAAUCCUGCUAUAUAUUUGCUACCAUGUGUUUUUAGAAAAUUUCUUCCCACCACAAACUUUCAUGACUCUGUAGCCUAGAAUCUUAUCCAUUAGGCCUAAAAGAAAAUGAUGUUGUAUUGCCCGUUGCGACCGACCCGAAAAAUCUUGAAAUCUAUAGUCGUCUUUCAAAAAAUUUAUUAAAAAAAACGUUUUUUAGAGGAAAAAAAU